AUGAAGAACUAUUUAAGCCAUCGCUUAUGUCGAGCAGCUCAUCACUCAGAGUUACGUCGGAGAAAGCAUUCACAGCACGACAGGAUGACAUCUUUGAGUGCAUCUCAGCUGGUGAUGCUGAUAAUUUUGCUCCAAUAUCCGAGAUAUUCAGUCGGCUUCGGUUGGUGGUUUCUGUGGCCCGUGACAGGAGUAUUAACAGCACUUCAGACAACAACAUCCACUACAUCUACAUCCGCUUCCGUGGCGCCCAUCAUCAGCCAGUCCGCCAAUGGAUUAGACAUAUCGCUCGGUAAUCGUGAAAACGCCGACACAAUCGGCACGGACGCUGGGACGAAUAUUUCGAACGUGGAAGUUAACUACGCUCGUGAGCUGCCUUUGAAGUUUGAUCAUGUCUUCUCCACGCUCCAAGAAGAAGCAGUCGACGACGUUAGAACCAUAUCGGCUGGAACAUUCUCGCCCGAUGUGUGGAUAGAAACCAUUCUCGAAGCAUACUAUCGUUCGGCAAAUGACAGCUUGCGAGAUAGGUUAGGUGGGCUUAGCAAUCGACUUGUCGAGCUGGAAGCGUACGCUGAAGAUGUUGCGGCGAUGCUCGAUCGUAUUAGGAUCGCUUUCGGAAUCGAGCUCAAUCAAAGGCUACUGCCACUAGACUGGGCAGUUUUACGAUGCGCUCAAGGGCAAGAGGUAGAUGCGAUUGCAAAGAAGGUGUUCCAAGGUGACCGCGACUGCAUUGCGGAUCGUCUCGACCGAGUACGGAAUGCCCAACGGGAUGCCGCUCGGAAUAUGAGUCGAAUGCUGAUAGAAUGGGAUGAAGUGUAUCUCAGAGCAGAGAUCACUGGCUGUUUGAAGAAUGGAACCGACACUGUUUGGUCGGACAACGAUUACCAACUCGCUUGCAUUUCAAAGAUUCUGCACGAGGUAUAUCGCAAAACCUUACUCAUACCGCACACCGCUCAACAGCUGACGUUGGAAGCGAACAACGAGUUCGGUACAGCAAAGGCGGACAUGUUGCAGUGUGCCGGCGACCUAGUGGAGCAAGCGAAAGAAAGUCUGGAUGAUAUAUCUGUCGUAAUUUCAGAAUGUCAACAACGUGUUUCUAAACAGCAAAAUCAACCGGAUGCUAAUCAACAGACGGACACAUCCUAG